AUGAAGCUCGCGGAAGUGUUUCGGAAGGCGUACCGGAUGAGGCUGCUGAUGGAGUACUGCAAGAAGUCGUCAGUGCACGGUGUGAUUUACUGGGCAGACAGAUACAGACCGUAUUGGGAGAGAUUCCUCUGGAUAGUGCUUAUUGUGGUGUCCUUGGUUAUGAGUGGCAGGAUGAUUUCCAGCUCGUGGAUUAAGUGGUCGAAGCAUGCCAUCGCCUUCACUCUGGGCAGUCACGCCAUUCACAUCUCGCAGAUCCCUUUUCCGGCCUUCACAAUCUGCUCAAUGGCUCGCUUUCAGUCUGCACGGAUUAACUACACAAGCACUAUGGCUGAGUAUCAAAUGAAAGGACAUUCGCCACUCAAUUGGGAUCAUUUUGACGAUGUGUCUCAAAUCUGUGAGAACGGUUUCUCACCAGAUUACUUCACGAAAGUGACAAACUCCACCAAAAUCUACGAUACACUGAGAUAUUAUCAGCAAGAUCCGGACAGCAUGUUUGCUCAUUGCAACUUUAUAACGAGGAACAACUCUUGUCGAGAUUAUUAUCAAGAAAUAUUCACCAAGCAUGGCAGAUGCUACACCUUCAAUGCGCUGAACUUCCGGCAAAUCUACCGUGAGCCAAGUGUUGUUCCUUCUCAAGUUCACAACUCAAACACCGAGAUGAGCAACUGGACCGUGUCUCGUGGCUACGCUAGCCUCAAUGAAACUUAUCCGCUGAGAGUGUUUCAGGUCAUGCCACUCUUCGGCUUCACCAUUCGCUUGAAGUUCAACUACAGCGACGCAGACCUGAUAUGCUUUCCCAUGGGAACAGGCGCGCUCAUCCAGCUCCACGGUCCCGCAGAAGUGCCCUUCAUGUCAGAGCGCUAUCGGGCGAUAAGUCUCGAGCAGUACAGCCGAGUGGCGGUUCAUCCCAAAAUGAUCCUCACUUCUCCUGAACUGGAGAGAUACAGUCCGCAUGAGAGGCGAUGCUUCUUUCCCGGCGAAAAGUAUCUUCAGCACUUCACCAUUUACAACGAGAGAAACUGUCGAAUGGAGUGCUUGACAAAUCGCACUCUUGAGCAUUGCGGUUGCGUCUUCUUCCAGAUGCCGCGUGAGUCUAAAGUUCUUCGAGAGCAGGACAACGGUAUCAUGAAGAACAAGGGCGUGGAGGAUGUCUCAACAUGCGACUGCCUUCCGGAAUGCACGUCCAUUAACUACAAAUUCGACUUGAUUCAGCACAAGAUGAAUCUAUGGCAGAAGAACAGGUCGCAACUCGAUGAGAUCCUCAUCAGGAUUUAUUUUCUGCAAACCACUUUCAUUCCUCUGCAGCGCUCCGAAUUGUACGGCCUGACAGAGUUUCUGGCCAGUUGUGGUGGCAUUCUUGGGCUGUUCAUGGGCUUGUCCGUGCUCAGCCUCACGGAACUCUUCUACUUCUUCCCCAUCAGAUUCCUCUGGGAUCGCUAUGUGGCGCAAAGGAAGAUUGAGGCUGAGGCAAAUAUAUGCGUGCAAAAGUACGUUGGUCCCAGAUUUUGAAUGUUUGGGAAACGUCUCAAAUGUUUUGUGAGUGAUUUUGUGUAUUUCAUAAAUGCAUCAAAUAAAUUAAGAGAAUUGGAAUGAGAUGUGAU